AUGCCCGACUUUUAUAUCCCUUCAUCGGGGGUCGGAUACGAACCUGCUUGGGGUCCUCCAACCAGCACGCUCAACUUUUGUGAAGAGGACUAUCAGUUUACGCCAUACAUAGCCGAGCUCUUCAACACCCUUACGAACCUGACGUACAUCGGACUGGGCAUCAAAGGCAUCAUCAACGCGCGCAAGCAUGGCGAGCGAAGUAUCGGACCUAUGCUGCCUUACAUCGCUCUCAUAAACCUCGGUAUCGCAUCGAGCCUCUUCCAUUCCAGCUUGAAGUAUGGCACGCAAAUGUGCGAUGAGUUCUCGAUGCUCAUCGCUACCUUUCUCGUCUUCUACCGUCUCCUCGCCUUCUCGCAGACGCGGUUCUCACCUCGGUCCUUAUUCUUGGGUCUGAGCGGCCUUAUGGGUGCUGUGAUCAUCUCGCAAGUCCUAACAGGAGGGAGCACGCUCCAGCAGAUUGUAUUUACGACCAUGGCUUAUUGGCUUUGGCAUACAUGCUUCAAGCUCAUUUCGAAGUUGGAAGGCGAUGAUGCGAUGAGGAAGAAGAUGAAGUGGACUGCUAUCAGCGGCGUAGGUUUCUUCGUGACAGGACACAUUUGUUGGAUCACAGACAUGAAAGCAUGUGGCCGUUUACUACAGAUGAGGAAGGAGGUGGGCAUGCCCGGGGCUGCUGUGCUAGAGCUUCACGGACUCUGGCACAUAUUCACAGGUAUAGGCGUCUACAUAUUUAUGGUCUUGGUUGAGUGCCUUCAGGCUGCAACAGCUGAGAAGUCGAACCCUGGAGUAAGAUUGUCGAGUUCGGGAUCAUGGCCAUUUAUGGUGUACCUGGAAGGCCAAGACAGCAAGCACGAGACCAAGAACAAAUAA